UCCACAGUUAAAAAGUAAAUAAAUUAAAAAAAAAAAUAGCCGAUACCGCUUCCACGUGUUUCCCGGAUACAAUUCAUUUGGGGUUUUUUUACGUGAUAAAAUGAGUUUUUUAAAGCUGCGUGGGAUAAAUCAAUUUCUCUCGUGACGGGGAUAUUUUUGAUGCGUUUUGGGAUUUUUCCCAGAAGUCAGAGGUUGUUCUACUUUUUGUCCAAGUAUGGACAAGACUCAUCUUACAAGCCCAAGUGACAUCAUAAUGACAAGCUCAACAGGCUCUUAUCAACAGGAACCCCUGACUCCACCCAGACCCGCCCAUCGUCACUCUUCAUCCUCUUCCUUGUCUUCACCCUCUCCUUCUUCUUCCUCCUCACCACUCAAACCCAACCAGGUUGGCCAGGUCAUUCUGUAUGGUGUUCCCAUUGUAUCACUGGUCAUAGAUAACACAGAGAGACUUUGCUUGGCACAGAUUUCCAACACACUCCUCAAGAACUAUAGUUAUAAUGAGAUUCACAAUCGUCGCGUGGCGCUGGGCAUCACCUGUGUCCAGUGCACUCCUGUUCAGCUGGAGAUCCUCCGUAGGGCUGGUGCCAUGCCCAUCUCAUCCCGCCGCUGUGGCAUGAUCACCAAACGCGAAGCCGAGCGCCUGUGCAAGUCCUUUCUCGGAGAGAACGCGCCACCGAAACUGCCCGACAACUUUGCCUUCGAUGUAACGCAUGAGUGUGCCUGGGGUUGCCGUGGUAACUUCAUUCCUGCACGCUACAAUAGUUCAAGGGCCAAAUGCAUCAAGUGCUCCUUCUGCAACAUGUACUUCUCCCCAAAUAAGUUUAUUUUCCAUUCCCACCGCUCAUCACCAGAAGCCAAGUAUACCCAGCCCGAUGCUGCCAACUUUAACUCCUGGCGACGACACCUCAAACUCACUGACAAACACCCACCCGAGGAGUUAAUUUAUGCAUGGGAAGAUGUGAAAGCUAUGUUCAAUGGAGGCAGCCGAAAAAGAGCGUUGCCUUCUUCAAGCCAGUGUUCUGCUAUGGGUUCUAUGAAAAGUCUGCAGGGUUCAGUGGUGCCUCACAUGAUGGGACCAGACCUGGGUGCUCAGAAAAGAACCCGCUUUGAAGAUGAGGAUGAUCUGGACGGGGAUACUCUGUCUCCCCGUAAGACAUCACGUAGUUACCCUGUCAUUCCUGUCCCAAGCAAAGGUUUUGGCAUGCUGCAGAAGUUCCCUCCUACAUCCCUCUUUCCUUCCCCUUAUCCCUUUCCAGCAUUUGGCCUCUGUCAGCAGAAAAAAGAGGACAGUGAUGUGGCAGCUGGGCAGAAAGGGGCAGGAUUGUCUGGUCUUUUAUGGCCCGGUCGCAAAGACUCUUUUUAUCCUCCAUUCUGCAUGUUUUGGCCACCAAGAGCAGCAGGAGGAAUCCCUGUCCCCACUUACAUCCAUCCUCAGCCCAGCACCCUUUCCUCCCUGACAGACAACCCCUCACUCAGGCAGGCCUUUCUGGACCUCUCAGACCCUGGUGAAUCUGGAGCUGUAAGUGGAAAUGGAAAUGGUAUCAACACAACUAUGGCUCCCGGCAGCGGGACCACCACACCCAGAUCUGGGAUCUUUGACACAGAGUGCACAACAGUUACUGCUGACCCUCGCCCUGUGACCUCAGAGGGCUGGCUCAAACUAUUGGAAAACCCAACGCUCCAAUCAAGGAAGCCAAGCUAUGGCUCUGCCUUCCGACCUGUCAUCAAAGAUGCAGAAAGCAUUGCCAAACUCCACAGCAAUGGCGGAGGAGUUACUGGAGCAACAGAUGAGGACUUUGGGGUUGUGGUUGCCGGAUCAGACCAACACCCGCGACUAUCACCAACUAGCAGCUGCAGUUAUGGAAGUGAAAGUGGAGGCGAUGGGGAACCAGAGGGAGGAGAGAGCGAGGAGGAGGGGGAAGUAGAUGUGGAGUCAUCAAAGCAAGAGGAUGAGGAGGAGGGAAGCUUCACAAGCAGGCCUCCACAGACUCAAACCAACCUGUACCUCUCUGCACUGAGCGACAAUGCUGGAGAGGAGAGGGGAAAGGACAGAGGGAGUGGCGCAAUGUAUCUCGGUACUUCCCCUCGAUCCUCCUCAGAUCCCAUCCAGCAGGAGUCCCACAGCCUACCCGCCUCCCCUCCUGCCAGCUUGCCUCUCUCAAGCUCCACCCCACCUCACCGGGAGGACACAGCUUACAAAAACGUCCACAAAAACAGAGACGAAGGACUUCCUGCAUAUGCAACCAAAGAUAAUUCUAGCAUUUCUGAUGAAACAAAAGAACAGAAUAGUUUCUUUGUACCAGAGACUGAGACAUCAGCCCCGGACUACUGGAGGGAGAACUCAGGUGAUCAAAGCCAGGGUGCAGCUUCUCCUGUGCAGCUAAAGAAGGAUGUUGAGAGCAUGGAGAAAGAGGAGCUUCAGAAGGUUCUGCUGGAGCAGAUUGACUUCAGGAGGAGACUGGAGCAAGAGUUUCAUGCUUUGAAGGGCACCUCACCUUUUCCUGUCUUCCAUAAUUUUCAAGAUCAGAUGAAACGAGAGCUCGCCUACAGAGAGGAGAUGGUCCAACAGUUACAGAUGAUUCCCUACGCAAACAUCAUCAGAAAAGAAAAGAUCAGCUCCCAUCUCAACAAGUAGCAAAGAGGAUGAGCACACAAAAACUGACAGAGAACUAGGAGAACAUCACCGAAAGAGAGGAUAUGAAACUCUAUCAUACAUUAUAUUACUUUCCAUAGGACAGCAAUUAUUUGGCUGCUUCUUCGGUAUCAGCUCUGUUAGUUGCUCUAUACACACUGCCUGCUAAGAACUCGUGCGGGGCAGCAAACUGGUAAAUGAUUUCUCAAGUUUUCCCUUUCUUUCCUGGUUCAAGUUCCCACACUGACUGACCUAAACUUAACUGACACAAAGCUGUGAUGUUACUAGUGUGUUGGCAGUCACGUUGAAAGCAUCAUCCAACCAGGACCAAAGCAACCUCUGCCUGUGAGGACCACCAGGAAGGCAGUUGUAGAUGUCUAAAAACUAAUUUUCAGGCACAAAAAAGUUAUAAAUAAAGAAAGAAUGGAUGUUUUUAUCUGCUGUGGGGUCAUCUGUACAUACGCCAAACUGUGGAUAAAGAAGGCCUAAGAUCAGUUGCAUUUGUAUCACCGAGUGAUGGCCCUGAAGCGAAGCAAACACAACAACAUUUAUUUAUCAUCAACAUUUGAUCCCAAAGGGACUUCUUCAUCAUGUUUAACUGUAUUCUUUCCCUGUGACCACAAAACACCACCAGUUUAUUAUCAUGGUUUCACACAUACAACCUUGGUUUUGUAUGUCAGAUGAACAAAAUAAUAAAAUAAAGCAGUUGGUACAGUUAAAAUGGUAUUAAUACAAAAUUAUACCAAAAAAAAUAGUGUUCACGCAUUUUGCAAGCUGUGCACUUACAGUUUAUACCUCUAGUAACAGAAUUUCAGAACCAUCCAAUGUUUUUACCUUGUCCUUAAUUAAUCUCGCAUCUCAUUAUGCAUUAUUUAUUUUAUUUAUACAGUCAAGGUUAUCUGAAACGAUAUCCAUGUACCACAUGGAGCAGAGUAAGACAGAAUGAAGGUGUGGUUUGUUCUCCCGCCAGAUGUUUUCCUGUUGUAACAUCUUUUGAUUAUCAUCAAAUAAAUAUUGCCGCCAUCAGCUGCAGAAUCUGCCUCGAGCUUUUGGAAAUGAAAAAUAGGCCAACUCUGUUAGCGUACUUUCUCUCCAAAAAGUGUGUCAGAGAGUGAAAGCCUGAAAUUUGUCUGUAUUGUAUAUUUAUAUGUAAAUAAUUUCACCUUACUGUAUAAAAUGUCAUACAUGUGAAUACUGACCUUCACAGUCAUUCUACCUAUAUGUGUUUUUUGUUUUGUUUGUUUGUUUAUUUAUUUGAGUAUAAACUCCCGGGACCCCAAUCGUGAAAAUACUAUUUAUUAUAAUGUGAAAUGAAAAAGAAAGAGGCACGAGGGCGAUGAUGAUGGUGGUGGUGCCGUAAAGUGCACGUCAAAAAGAACAAAAAUGACGACUCAGCCACCUUGUUGAUAAAAUGAAUGGACAAAGUUGUCAUUUACUGAGAAAAUGUUAUCAUUAGAAGCUGUUAUUGCAGAUGUAUUUCAAAAUGUUCUUGUAGUUUCUCUACUAUUUAUGUGUAAAUUAAAAGUCUAUAUGAAAAACUGAA